ACAAAGUAACCAGAGAGAUUUUGAUCAGAGAAAAUAAAUUUUGAGGGUUUCAGAUUUUCAUCUUUCAAUUGAGAAUAAUGAAACGAAAAACUUACAGAUCACGCGAGAGAGUUAUCAGAGAAAAGCAAUCGCAAAUUGUGCCGCCGGAGAUGGAGUUGGUGAAGGUUUUGGGAAAGGGUACUUACGGCUCCGUCGAGCUCUUCAGCCAUAAACAAAACGAUGGAUCAUUGCUCUACAACGCAGUGAAGAUCAUGGACUCUGAGAACUACGGUUCUAUAGACCAAGAGUUUCGAAUUCUGUCGGAACUCAGAGGAUGUCCUUGUAUCGUGCAAUUGUGUGGGAACUCUCUUGUUCAAGGAACCGAUUGCAAUGGAGGAAAAGUUUACAAGAUGUCAAUGGAGUAUGCAGCUGCUGGUACUUUAACUAAUUUCAUCCAAAGAAACAGAACAAAGUUGUCAGAUUCGGUUAUUAAAGACUUUACUCGUAUGAUUCUACAAGGAUUGGUCUCGAUUCAUAGUCAUGGUUAUGUUCAUUGUGAUCUUAAACCGGACAAUAUCCUUCUUUUUCCUAUUUACGAUAAAGAAACGUGGAAUUGUUCUUACGAAUUGAAGAUUUCGGAUUUCGGAAUAUCGACAAGGGCCGGAGACAAAUCUGAUUGUUGGAGAAUCGAUGAACCGUGGGUCGGAACGUCUAUCUACAUGUCUCCGGAGUCAGUCCGUGACGGCACCACCGUUGAGAAAACCCUAGAUUUGUGGUCACUUGGUUGCAUAGUGUUGGAGAUGUAUACCGGUAAGCGGCCAUGGUUAGGGUUUGAUAAACAUGUUAAGUCUCUUCUUUUGGAUAAUAAGGCACCAGAGAUUCCAGAGACUGUGCCGUGUGAUGCAAGGCUGUUUUUGGAGAAGUGUUUCGCAAGAAAAUCUGAGGAGAGAGGAACAGCUUCCGAGUUGUUGUUGCAUCCGUUUUUGAUCAGAGAUGAGAAGAUGGGUUCUGCCGCCGCCGCCGGAGAGAGGACGGGGAUGGAUUCGAACUCAAGGUCUGGUCACCCUCAAGAGCUUUCCAAACUCGACUAGUCUAGCUACCUAUAUAACCACUAUAGGCCAAAAUUAUAAAACUGUUUUAGGUUU